AUGCCACCCCCGCAAUCCCUCGAUCUCCCCAACCCUUCCCUUCUCACAAUGGCAGACUCAGGCGAUGGCGAUGAACGGACCCCUUACUCGGCCUACGCCGUCAGCAUCUAUCAAAACGGCAUUAUGGCAGGCCAAUUGCCAAUCGUAACGACGGAUCCCAACGGCCUACAGGCCCAGGCCAAGAAGGCCAUGGGCCCAGAGUCCUUCAACUACGUCUUCGGAGGCGCUGGCGAGCUAUCGACUAUGGACGCGAACCGUCUAGCCUUUCGCCAGUGGAAGAUUGUGCCUCGCUUCCUGAGACCUAGCAAUCCUCGGGAUUUGAGAACAGAGUUAUUUGGCGUGACUUAUGAGUCUCCCCUUUUGAUGGCCCCUAUCGGGGUUCAGAGCAUCUUCCAUGAGGACAAGGAGACGGGUCUGGCAGCCGCCUGCGCCGAGUUGCAAGUGCCGUACACGUUAAGCACGGCGGCGACCUCGACCAUUGAGGAGGUCGCCAAAGUUUGUGGCGACCAGCACCGCUGGUUCCAGUUAUACUGGCCCAUGGAUGAUGACAUUACGGGGUCGAUUCUCAGACGCGCCAGGGCCAACGGGUACAAGGUCCUCGUCGUGACUCUCGACACCGUGACUUUGGCUUGGCGGCCGGCCGAUCUCGACCAGGCAUAUCUGCCCUUCAUCACAGGUACGGGCAACUCGGUCGGCUUCAGCGAUCCCGUCUUCCGCAAGAAGUUUUCCGAGCAGAACGACGGCGACCAGGUAGAGGACAACAUCAUCAGCGCCUCGCGGUACUGGAUCAGCCAGGCCUUCCCCGGCGAUCACCAUUCUUGGAAGGAUCUGGCGCUCCUGAAGAAGAACUGGGACGGGCCCAUCGUUCUUAAGGGCGUGCUGAGCGUCGAGGACGCCAAGCUCGCCGUGGAGCACGGCAUGUCGGGCAUCAUCGUCAGUAACCACGGCGGCCGACAGCUCGACGGCGGGGUCGCCUCGCUCGAGGUGCUCCCGGAGAUUGUUGAAGCCGUGGGCGACAAGCUCACGGUUAUGUUCGAUUCCGGGAUCCGAACUGGGGCGGACAUUGUCAAGGCGAUCGCUCUGGGGGCUAAGGCCGUCUUCGUUGGCAGACCUGCCAUCUAUGGCCUGGGCAUUGCGGGUAAAGAGGGCGCGAAGGCUGUCAUUGCUGGGCUGCUUGCUGAUCUGGACUUGACAAUGGGACUCUCCGGCUUCAAGAGUCUCUCCGAGCUCAAACUUUCCAUCCUUCGGCAGGUUCGGUACGGUGGGGACAUGAAAGCCAACCUGUAG